CAACUCUCUACAUCCAGUAAGUAGAGUGAUCAUUAGGCAUUACAUACACACGUACACUGACUAAUUUAUUCCAUGGCCUUAUCUACAAUCUCUUCUAGUUCAUCCUUUUCUUUAGACACCUCUCCAUGGCGCUACGAUGUGUUCUUGAGCUUUAGAGGAGAAGAUACCCGUAAUACUUUUACUGCCCAUCUCUACCUUGCUUUGAAUCGAAAGGGAAUCCUCACCUACUUAGAUGAGGAAAAGCUUAGACGAGGUGAUGAAAUUUCACCUGCACUCCUCCAAGCCAUAGAAGAUUCAAGGAUUUUCAUUAUUGUACUUUCAAAAAAUUAUGCAUCAUCAACAUGGUGUUUGGAUGAGUUAUUGAAGAUGCUUGAUCAAAGUAAAAAAUCAAAGCAACAAAGGCUUCUACCUGUGUUUUACCAUGUAGAUCCAUCUAAUGUACGCAAUCAAAAAGAGAGUUUUGGGGAAGCAUUGGCUAAACAUGCAGAGAAAUUGAAUGUAGAUCACAUGAAGUUGCAGCUGUGGAAGGCAGCCCUUCAAGAAGUUGCCAAUUUGUCUGGAUACCAUCUGAUCAGAAAUGGCGGGAACGAAUCAGAAUUCAUUGAAGAAAUCGUUCAAGACAUCUCAAGAAUGGCAAAUGAUCAUUUAUAUUUACAUGUUGCCGAGCAUCCCGUUGGAUUAAAACCUCAUGUAGAAGAUGUCAGUUUGCUUUUAAGCAUUGGAACGAAAGACAUACGAAUGAUAGGAAUUUUUGGAGUUGGGGGAAUUGGUAAGACAACUCUAGUCAAAGCAAUUUAUAAUUUGAUUGCUUUUCGAUUUGAAGCUAGUUGUUUUCUUCCAAUUGAUAGCGUCACUUGGAAUCAAGUGAAUCGUUUGGUCCAACUACAAGAGACACUUCUUUUUAACAUUUUAGGAGAGUGUAGAAGUUUGAAGGUUGACAAUAUUGAUACGGGAAUCAGUAAGAUAAAGCGUAGGCUUCACUCUAAAAGAGUUCUUCUAAUUCUUGAUGGUGUAGACCACUUGGAUCAAUUAAAAACAUUAGCAGCAGCUCGUGAUUGGUUUGGUAAAGGAAGUAGAAUCAUCAUCACAACAAGAGAUCAACACUUGUUGACUGCUCAUGGAGUUGAUUCAACAUAUGAGAUGACGGGAUUGAAUCAAGAUGAUGCUUUUCAACUAUUUUGUUGGCAUGCUUUCAGAAGUGAGAAACCGGUUGACGGUUAUGGAGAGUUUGUAGAACAGAUCAUAAAUUAUGCUGGGAGCCUUCCACUAGUUUUAACCGUGCUUGGUUCGGAUUUAUAUGGCAGAACUAAAAAAGAGUGGGUAAGUGCAAUGGAUGAGUACAAGAAAAUCCCUCACCAAGAUAUUCAAAAAAUACUUCAAACAAGUUAUGAUAGAUUAAGUGAAAACGAAAAGAAUGUUUUUCUUGACAUUGCAUGUUUUUUCAAUGGACAAUGGCUUGAUGAUGUCAUUAUAAAGAUACUAGAUAGUUUUGGUUUUUUCCCAAACUCUUCGAUCCCAAGACUUAGGGAGAAGUGUCUUAUUUCGAAGUCCGAUCGAAGAUUGCAAAUGCAUGACUUGUUACGAGAUAUGGGUAGAGAAGUUGUUCGACAAGAAUCGCUCAAAAAUCCAGGAGCACGUAGCAGAUUAUUCUUUCAUAAAGAUGUUCGCAAAGUACUAGAGGAAGAUAUAGGAACAUAUAGAGUUGAAGCAAUUGCUGUAGAUCUUCCUGAAGGUGCUGAUAUCAUCCGCUUGAGUCCCAAGGCCUUCAAGAAUAUGAAAAGACUCAGAUUAUUUAGAUGCCGCAAUGCACACUUUUCUGGCGAACCUAAUUGUCUACCUAAUUCAGUAAGUGUGCUUGAUUGGCCUAACUGUCCUUUACAAUCUAUGCCAUCUGAAUUUCGUGGAGACGAACUCUUUAUUCUACGCAUGCCUGGUAGUCGCAUUCAAGAGAUACACUUGGAAUAUUUUAAGGCUAAGAUGAUAUUUCCGGGAAAUAAGAUUCCAGAUUGGUUCAGCCAUUGCAAGGAGACUUCAAAUGGUAGUCAUCGGUGUGAAUUUGAUAUUAAAGGGUCCCCACGGUAUAAUUUGGAUGACAUCAUAGGAAUUUCUUUUUGUGCUGUUAUUGAACCCGUUGGGACUGAGCGUUUGACUGUUGACAUCAUGAUAGGAUCAACUAAACUCAUAGGUGACAGAUGUGUAGGAAAAUUUAAUGAAAUGGAUUCAGAUCAUGUAUGGUUCGAGCACUUACGACCACGGAUUGUAGAGCCAGUAGACAAUGAUCUGAGGAUUAUAUUUGAAAGCGAUCCAAAUUUAGUGACCUUCAAAUGUUGCGGAGUUCAUCUGUCAUACAAAAACCAUGAACAGAAUGUGAAAGAUGAUGAAAAUGUUGAUGUCCAUUUGGACGCACCCAUUGAAGAUAUUGGAAAUUUAGCAAAUCCAAUGGAUCAUGGAAGUCAAAUUUCAAAGAGGCGUCGUGUUGAUUAUGAUGAUGAUGAUCGCAACGUCAUUGAAUCCGACUUGUACCCACAACAAACGAAGCCAGCUUCAACCUUGGACAUCAAACUUUUUCUGAGCACGCUGCCGCCAAUUGAUCCUACCUUUUUCCAUAACCUUAUGAAAAAGUAUAAAUUAAGUCGUGAUUAAAAGUACAUUUCCUAUUAUAUAUAAUGUCCAGGUCUUUAAUUUCCAUUAUAUACCCAUGUUUUUAUCUAUAUAUUAAAUGAGUUGAAUCUCUAUUUCAUUCCAUUAUUUUUCUCUA